AUGGAAAAAUACCAAAAUGGAAAUUUUUUUCUUCACUCCUAUGUCGGAAGUUAUUUAAAAGAAGAGCAGGGCGGAUACUUAUUUUGCUUGGAGAACAGCAAUGAAAAAUUCGAACAUUGCUUAUGGAACGAUAUUAAAAAAUGUCAUCCCAAUUAUUUGGAAAGCAUUUCGAAAGAGAUCGAAGACGAGCAAAAAACCAUGUUUCUUCUUUAUUUUUACGGAGCACAACUUUCUAGAAAAAACAUUCCUCAUAAUAUACUUAGCGGCAAGAAUAAUGUUAAACUUUUGUUUGCAUCUAUUGAACCAAAACUUACCAAAGUGGAGACAGUCGACCAGAACUUCUUACCAGAUUGCAACAAAAAAUUUACUGUGUUUACAAUUAAAAUUGGUGAGAAAAUUAAUUUUCGGGAUAAUUCAAAAGAAUAUCAGCAGCAUAAAGUCAUUCAAGAUGAAAAUUUGGAAUUUUUUCUUGAUUAUAAAAAGUUUAGUGAAGACCAUAAUUGUCUAAUUGCUCUUAAGGAAACCGAGAAAAAAUUUAAAUACGAUGUGAGUCAAACAAUUGAGUAUUAUAAAUUUUUGUAUGUUUUGGUGGACAAAAAAAUAGUUAACGAAUUUACCUCUCAACAAGAUUAG